CCCAAAAUCCCUGGCACCCUGGUCACAGAACUAAAGAGAAAAAUCAAGCAAUGGCGAAGAAGAAAAACAAGAAGAGCGGCGUCGCAUCCAUGGAUAUCUCCGUCGAUGCUCCUGGCGAUGCCCCUCAAGCAAUGGACACAUCGGAAGGGAAACCCUCGAAAGCAUCUGCCAGAGAUGUCAACAGAAAGAUCAAGAAGGGAGUGCCAAUGAAAAGAUCAAAGAACCUCAGGAAGCUAAAAGCACUUGCGAAAGCUGUAGCCAUCAACGAGAAGUCUGAAGAAAAGGUUUCAAGAAGUAAAACAAAAAUUCAGAGGAUUCAAUCGGCCAAGUCAUUAUAUGAUUAAAUUAGACAUAAAUUUUCUAUUGUUCACAGUUCACUGAUAAGGAAAAUUGUUAGUCUUUUGUUAUCAAUAUAUCUAAGCUUUUUGUUAUUCUUUCAGAGUGCAUUUGCAUCUUUUUCUUGUAGGCUCUUUCUUCCUCUGCUUAGAUUUCAGUCUGUUUAAAAUAUCGAUAUAUCCAUAGUGCUAUAUGUUAAAUGUGUGCAAGGUUGAGAUA